AGUCUUUUUGUAUCCAACCAGAAACCAAUCCCACGAACACAGUACCUCUCAGAGCUUCUAGUCAGCCAUGGCCAGCGAGGUGCUCUCGGCAGUGUUCCAGUUUGCCCAGAUGGUGUACGCGGCCAACAAGCAGGUCAAUGCAAACAAGGCCGAAUGCAACGGCCUCGCCAGCCAGGUCCAGCUGGUGAUGACGUCUGUCGAGGUGUUCAGGAACCAUCCCAAUAUCGAGAUGAGUGUUGCAAUUCGCGCAAACCUCGGCGAGCUCCAAGUGAUCCUGAGGGAGAUUGUCGAGUACAUCCAGCGGUUUUCAGAAACUGGCACAAUCAAAAAGCUGCUGCUACACAAGAGCGACGCUGCGAAGGUUGAAGACUUCUACAAAAGGCUGGAGCAACAGAAAAGCAACGUGGUGCUGGCUCUGUCUGUUCAGGGUACCGCUGUUCACAACGAGCUGAUGAAAAUUUCCGCCAAGCAGGAACUCGAUCGGGCCAAAGCUCUCGCAGCUGCGGCGCAAAAAGACGAAGAACUUCGUCGAAGCCAAGAAGCGCAUCGCAAAGAAAUGGCCGAGAAAGACGAAGCUCAUCGCAAAGAAGCGGCCCGACAAGCCGAAGAACACCGCAACCAACUUGCGGCGGUGAGCGAAAAACAGGAUCGGAUGUUGUCUUUUGUCAAGAAACAAUUCAGCAAUACCCCGCCACCAAGCGCCGCGCUGAGCUCGCCGGGCUUUUCUUAUGGUCCUGUUGUUGUCACACCCGACCAGGUUUCCUCGCCGACUCUUCCGCCCGGGUCCGGUCCGGUGCCCGUCCAGCGCGCUGUGAGCCCAACCCCGUCCUCCACCUCUGUGCAGGAGUCCACCUACGGCAACAUCCCGGCCCACCGCGACCGCCAUGUUCCGAAGGUCACCGACACUGUUUAUCAGAAUGUUCCAUCCCACGCGCAACGUUCGGUCAGUCCCACUCCGCCACCCGCCGAGCCGCUUUACGGCAACCUUGCACCGCCCGUGCCGCCAAAGCCAAUGACUCUGGGCCGAAAUUUCGCUCCUUCUGUUCCUGGUGCCGGUAUUGUGCGGUCCUCCAGCAACGGCCCCAGCGACUUUGGGCGUCCUGCUGCUCCUUCGCGCCCAACUGUUCAGGGUGUUUUCCAGCAACCCAGCGCAGCUGCAGCUCCAACUCCAACUCCAACUCCACCAGCCAACCAUGUCGUGAAGGUGAAGGAGAAGGAGGCGGCGGCGCCUCGAGCGCGCCAUCCGACUCCUCAGUUGGCAGUCCCGCACACGGAGAUAAAUCUGCUGCCUGAAGGCAAUGGUGUGGAUCCACGAGAGGCGCAUCCGAGCGCAAACCCGCUGCUUGCUCCUCCAAGCAACGCAAUCAACCGCCGUAAUACGAUGACCGAUAUGCAGGGAGAUCUUGCAUCGGCGAGCGUCUCCUUGGAGCAGUACGUGCUGAGAGGCGUUCUCGGACAAGGCCAGUUUACCUCGGUCACGACAGCAACACCCCCAGCCACUGCCGCAGACCAGAGGCUCGUCGCCAUCAAGCGCCUCAAACGGGACUUGACAGACGGCGAACUCGACGUGUUUCAGCGAGAACUCCAAGAAGUGAUCAAGAUCAGCCAUCCCCUUCUCGCAUCGAUUGUCAACGUCUCUCUCACUCCGGAGCACUACGCCCUCGUGUAUGAAUGCAUCCAGCCGGGAAAUCUGACAAGCCUCCUCGCCAACUAUGACGAUUUCCCCGAGAUUACCUGGGAGCACAAACGCUCCAUUCUGCAAAACAUUGCCCGCGCCAUGAUCUUCUUGCACGAUCGCCUGAAGAAAUUGCAUCUCAACCUCAAGUCGUCCAACAUCCUGGUGGACAAGACGAUGCACAUUUGGGUGUCAGAUUUCGGGUUUUACGAGACGCGCCGCGCGCUCCGCGACAACGCGCCCAACCGGAGUGUGCCGUGGAUGGCGCCCGAGCUUCUCUCGGCCACAUCCGCAGCCGCACCGCCCACGGAACUGGCUGACGUCUACUCAUUUGGCGUUAUUGCCUGGGAGCUGGUCACCCGCGAGCUCCCGUAUCGCGGUCAGACGAGCGAUCAAAUUAUCAAGUUUGUCUCCAGCGGCCAACGUCUCGCAUUUCCCAACACCCCCGACGCAGCCAAGCUGCAGACGCUCAUUUCAGACUGCUGGGCUGCACAAGCGAGUAAGAGACCAAAUUUCAAAGGCGUGAACCAUGCCAUUGAAAAACUUGCCAAGUAGCUGUGUCUGGUUGAUGUGCGUGAUUUUUUUUGUUUUUGUGUUUGCUUUGCCUUGCUAGCCCUCGUGUUUUGCUGACUUCAUGUUUGCGUCGUCUCUCACUCUGCCCGUCAAUCGGUCGGGUUGAAUGUUGUUGUUGUUGUUGUUGUUAUUGUUGUUAUUGUCCUGUGGGGUCGUUUUAGCCCCUCCCCUCUCUUUCUUGCAACAAUAAACUGCAUGUGAUUUUGCCAA